AUGUCGCCUUUACGUACCCUCGGUCAACAACAUGGCGGCCUCCUUGCAGCUGGGUCGUCAAGGAAUACUAUUUGGAUUACGAUUUAACCUAAUUAAACAAUGUCAACGGACGACAACCCCGUGGCUGCCCCAUGCCAGGACCUUCCACCGGUGUCCGGCCCUCCUUGGUGUCGCACCUCUCAAAGUCGAAAUGCCGGCUCUUUCCCCCACUAUGGAGGAGGGAACUAUCGUCAAAUGGCUGAAAAAGGAAGGUGAGGAGGUAGCCGCAGGAGACGCACUGUGUGAGAUCGAGACGGACAAGGCCGUGGUUACCAUGGAGUCCAGCGAUGACGGAGUCCUGGCAAAGAUCUUGAUGGAGGAGGGCAGCCGCGGCGUCCCCCUGGGCACCCUCAUUGCCCUGAUGGUGGAGGAAGGGGAGGACUGGAAGCAGGUGGAGGUCCCCCCUCCGACGGCCCCUCCUGCAGCCCCAGCUGCCGCCGUCGCUGCCUCCGUCGCACCUCCACCUGCUCCUGCCCAGCCCCCACCCGCACUACCGCCCGCAGUCCACACUAUCAGCUCAGCACUACUGCGUCUGAGCCCAGCGGCGAGGAACAUCCUGGACACCCACGGCCUGGACCCCCGCCUGGCCACGCCCACCGGUCCUAGAGGACUCAUCACCAAGGAAGAUGUUCUGAACCUGCUUAAGGGGACCCCUUCCUCUGGAGCCGCCGUACCCGUGGCCGCGCCCACCGCCCCUGCUGCCCCCCCGGCCUACACCCCCGCCACGGGCCUCAGACCCAACAUACCUCCGCUCUCCAUCCCUGGGAAGCCCGGCGCUCCGGGCACCUUCACCGACCUCCCAGCCUCCAACAUCCGGCGCAUCAUCGCUCAGCGGCUGACCGAGUCCAAGACCACCAUCCCCCACGCCUACGCCAGCGUGGACUGUGACAUGGAGGCCGUCAUGAAGCUACGCAAAGACCUGGCCAAAGAACAGGUCAAAGUUUCUGUCAACGACUUUGUCAUCAAAGCGGCCGCAGUCACGCUCAAAGAAAUGCCGGAGGUAAAUGUCACCUGGUCCGGGGACGGACCCCUGGCGCUGGACUCCAUCCACAUCUCCAUCGCCGUGGCGACGGAGAAAGGGCUCAUCACCCCCAUCAUUAGGGACGCAGCCGACAUGGGGGUCCAGGAGAUUUCUGCCACUGCUAAGGCGUUGGCCCAGAGGGCUCGGGACGGGAAGCUGAAGCCAGAAGAGUACCAAGGGGGAUCGUUCAGCAUCUCCAACCUGGGCAUGUUCGGCAUCAGCGGCUUCAGCGCGGUCAUCAACCCGCCCCAGGCCUGCAUCCUGGCGGUGGGGGGGUCGCGGGCGGAGCUGCGGCCGUCGGCCGACCAGCAGACCCUGCGCACCCAGCAGCUGAUGACCGUCACUCUGUCCAGCGACGGGCGGCUGGUGGACGAUGCCCUGGCCUCGCGCUUCCUGGAGAAACUCAGGGCCAACCUGGAGAAGCCCCAGCGCAUGGCCCUGGUCUGAUGAGCGCGAGGAGGGGGAGAGAUACAGUGGGGGAGAGGGGGGAGAGAGAGAGACGCAGGGAUAGUCUGUCAGACCAACCAAUCACCUCUACAAUGUUCAAACUUCACAGGGAGACAGGAGCAGGGGUGGGGAGGAAGGGUUGGGAGAGAGAGAGCAACAACAACAAGGCACUCGCAAAAGGGCCGCGAUAAAGCCUGGCUCUACAUAAAGGUUUCACAUCGCGGGUUAAUCCUCCGUGUUGACGAGGAGCAUAUUCCCCGCUCUGAUCCCUGUGUCUCACUCUGUGUUUCAUGGCUCCUCUGUACAUCGUUUCUAGUGUUUAACAGUCCAGCUCUUCUGCGGCUGAACCCUGGCCUUUUAAAGUCCCUGAUCAGCAGGUGGGGGGGCAGCUUAACACUGGACAGCUUCUAGAGGGGGGGCCCGGACUUUAGAGCAGCCAACCCGGCCAAAUGUUACUAUUACUGUGGAGGAGAAGUCAUCUUUUAGGAGUAGGAAGGUGAGCAACGUCAAUUUACAAAUAUGUCCCUUCUUCCGAUGGGAAAUUAAUUCUGUGUAAAUAUCGAAUAGUUCAAAAAUAAAGUUCUCUGUUUCUAAUUGCAAACUCUAUCUUAAUUUAUUUUGCAAUUAGUUUCAACCUUCAAUAAAUACUGUUUUCCCGGCCCCGUUUGUAUAUUUUUUCUCCAGUUUUGAUGCGAUGACCUUGCACAUCUGUCCGCUCUCUGUGUGAGGGCGAAGCCGCGUUGGUAUUCUUUGGUCCUACUGACUGGUGCAUCUGUUGUCGUGGAGGAACACCAAAUCCAGGCGAUCGCUCGGUGCUUCUGUAACUUUAUUUAACAUGAAACCUUUGUGAACUUCUUUCAGAAUGUAUCAGUCGAAUCAAUGUGUACAAACAACAAGGUAAUAAAGAGGCGUGUGGUGUCUUUGAUGCCACUAACAUCCCGUCUGUGUCCUCCUGAAAUGUUUAACAGCCACCGACGCUGAAUGCAGAUUGUUGUGUUUUUGGUUUGUGUUAUAAUUGAUCUUGACUGGGAAUAAUAGGGCUCGUUCCAACCUGAACAAUUAGCUUGUCGGAGAGAGUCGUUUGAUCUUGGCUCACAGAUUAAUGGACCAGAUGUUGCUCAAACCCUUUGUGUCAGCUUGGAUAGCACCUGCGUUAUUGUGGAUGGACAAUGUUACAAGCACCUGCUACAGAAUUCACUCCAUCCUCCUUUUUCCUGGUGACUGCUCUGUCUCCGCACUGAGAUUAGACUAGCAGGGCACUUUAUAAAUCCCAGGUGGGGGAUUUCAGGUGCACAUGGGGAAAUAAUAAAACAUGAAAAUUAUAGGCAAUUUAAAAAGACAUGCAGACAAUUCAUCUGUGUACACAAUAUGAGCAGUAUUGAUAAUUGAUUUAUAUUGUGCAUUUUGAAUUACUCAAAGACGCUUUACAGAGUUAACACAAAAUAAAAUUGUUUAAUAAAAACAUGGGAGUAAAAAGCUUAUAAUAAAGGAAGGGCAGAGAAGGGAAGGAGGUUUUGUGGUGAAAGCUUUUUUCGAAGUAGCAAUGUUCAUGUAAAUGCAACCAAUUAAUGGCAACAUUAUAGACCGUUGAGGUAGAGAAGCACAUGUACAGUAAUUGUUGACUUGGGUCAUCCACAUUGCCUUUAGAGGUUAACAAGCCUAACCCUAUUUUUUAUUAUGAGGCUGCAGCCAGCAAUUCAUGCUCACUCUCCUUUGAUAUAAUUCUGCUUUGAAGAGUCUAGUGCUGCUCAUAUAUUCAUUUGACUGCUGGCCGACGCACAAGAACCAGGAAUUUCCAUCAAACUUAAUUUAAUCAAAGCAAAGGGAGGAGAGUUAAAAUUGCUGAUAGUAGCUUCACUCUAAAGACCAAGCAGUUGGUGUUCUCUAGAUAUAGGAGGCUUCUGCUUCUCCUGUAAACGUCUUGAAAAGCCUAAUCUAUACAUCUCCAUCCGUCUGCAGCUGCAUCGCCCACACCCUGCAGAGGAGGAGGUGUGAGCCACAGAAUGUGUUUGUGUUGGUGGCCACGCACCAGCUGUCGCAAGGAGAUACGCUGGUGCCUGAACCGGCCAGAGAUAUGAUGGACAAAAGAAAGAAUAUUAUCCACCUCCAUCGUCACAUGAAAAAUAUCCUGUUAGAGUCUUCUCGUUAAACUGUUAUCGUGUUUGUGUAAGUACGCUUCGACUGAGGAUAAAGGAAGGGGGAAAGCGAGGUGGACCCAGGUUGCGUUCCUGCCAGUGCUUGCUGUAAGUGUUUUAUAAAGUGUCAAUCUAUUAACUGUUGCGUCAUUUGGGACGCGGCAGGUGAGGGAGGAACGUCUGAAGGAGCAUGCCUCCCACGCGAACAUGAAUGUG